UAUUAAUCUCUUGUAAACAUGUGUUUACGAACCAUUUUCUGGUCUUUUUCUUCUCCCUUCUUCCGCUGCACACCAGAAAUUGGCCCUCAUGGCUAACCCUCAAAAUUUUCAUUCAGACCUCACCAUUACCAAUGUUAAAACUCUCAUUCCUAUCACGUUGGAUGCAGACCAUGGACUAUACCACUCUUGGGCUGCCCUCUUCAAAGUCCUUGUUCAGGUUCAUGACCUUCAUCACCAUAUCAUUCCUCCCAAAGACGAAACAGAGAAAGCUGCCUAUGAGGCUACCAAGGCCGCUGACCCUGCUCUUUGGAAGAGAUUGGAUGCUAUAGUUCUGCAAUGGAUUUAUGGGAAUGAUACCACGGACCUUCUUCAUGCUAUUAUUAUUAAAGAUGACACCGCUUGUGCCGCCUGGACUCGUUUAGAGUCGCUGUUUUAGGAAACCAAUUCAAUAAAGCCUCCUGAGAUGUUCAUCUCGAGGAAGAGCUUAAGGACCUGAAUAUUGAGAGCUUCUCCUCAAUUGAUAGCUACUGUAAUCACAUCAGAUCUCUGGUCGAACAACUUUUCAAUGUUGAUGUUGUGGUUCCCAAUAGCCGUCUGGUUCUCAAACUCACCGGUGGGCUGCCUGAAGCCUACGUCGGAACUGUGGAUUUUAUUCAAAAUCAAGACCCACUCCUUGAUUUUGAAAGUUGCCACUCUCGCUUGAAACUGGUCGAGCGUAUCAUCAAGAACUGCCUCGCCAAGGAAGGGACCAACCGGUCACAGACGGUCCUUAUCUCUUCAAGCAAUGUCCAAAACGGUGGAUCGUCGGCGACAUCUUUCUCUGCGCUUAAAAACUCCCAAAUUAAACCAAGAAGAACCAUCCCAAGACUUCUGGACCCAACUUUUCUCAUAAUAAGGGCCAUAACUUUGGGCCUUUAUUUAGCCCUAAUUGGCCACAACAACCAUGAGCUUCAUGGAAUCCUUGGGCAGCCCAAUGACCCAUGCCUCCUCUCUGCCCAUAUCUAUCUUCUUCUUGGGUCCCUAGAUCAGUGACUACUUCACCCAGCCCUCGAUCUACUAGGUCGGGGGUACUCUUGGACCCCGCCCUCAAGCGUACAUUGCCACUGCUCCCUCCGUGAGCUACACUCCUACGAAUAUGGAAGCGGCUAUGCAUGCUCUAUUUUUUCUCAACCGGACGGAAAUUACUUUAUGGACAUCGGUGCUACAUCUCAUAUGACUGCGGAACCAGGUCUCUUAAUUCCUAUUAUUGGCCACAGUAGUACUACAUUACCCCAUCCAUAUCCUCCCUUUGCCCUAAAAAUGUCCUUCAUGCCCCUAAAUUAAUUAAGAACCUCGUAUCUAUGCGUAAAUUCACCACUGACAAUAUGGUAUCUAUUACUUUUGACCAUGCUCGCUUAGGUCAUCCUGGUGAUGCUACACUUAGAUCUCUUAGUAGUAGUAAUUUUAUUGAUUUGUAAUAAGGCUUGUAAAACGUAUUGUUCCUCUUGUCCUCUAGGCAAGCAUUCUAAAUUACCAUUUUCUGAUUUUGUAUCGUACACUUUUCUACC